AUGGACCCCCUCGUCUCUCCCGCCAAAGCGCGACAAGCCGCCAUUCAAGCCAAAGACUGGGCCUACGUGAAUUCCUGGCUGAGUCGCCAAUGCGCCCCAAAGCCUGUCCCUGCUUUUGAACGAAACGAAGAUACUCUACGAACCCUGCUCGCAUUAGCCGCAGCCAGCGAUGCUGCCGACGAGGAAGCCACUUUAGUCCACCGUGCACGGGAGGAAGUAGUGCAGGGAUUCAAAGCGCGAGAGGAAGCGGAAGACAAACAGAAACUAGAACUACUGGAUGAAGUCGAGAUGUGCCUGGAUGAUAAAGGGAGGCGAAACCUGGAUUAUCUGGCAGAAACAAGCGCUGUCCUGGGGGCAUUGAGCACGGAGGCCCCCAAUCUCGGACAGUCCAUUAUCGAGCUUACGAAGGAGGAAUUCGAUACUCACGAACAAAUUUCGAAGGUGGAUGCUUUGCAGAAGUAUCUGGAAAAGGAAUUGGCUUCGCUGCAGGAACAACUGGAGACACUCAAGUCUGAUGAGGCCUACGACACAUCCUCGGAUCUUCCAGCAUUGACGGCGGAAUGGACCAGGAAUACGAAGCUACUCACUGCGAAAGUGAGAGAAUACCGGGAUCGAAUCGCGUCACUUGAAAGGAGUGAGCAUAAAGGGGCUACAAUUGAGGAGUUGAUAGCUGAAGAGGGAAGUGUACUUCAAAUCAAGGGAAUGGUUGAGACCCUGGAAAAACGGGUCCGAAUGUUCCUUGAUUUGCCCGAGGAUAUACCAAGUGCUCGCUCCCAGUAUCGACAAUUAGAACGCGAACUGGGACAACUCAUCCAGCAGCGGAAUUCAAUGCUCGAGCCCAGUGGAUGA